AGCAUUACUAAUGAUCUGACGAAGAAGUGCACAUCAUUUUGAAAUAAAUUUUAAACUUUUCUAUAUCAAUAUGAUUUCAAAGUUCGUGAUAUUGUUUGUAGUGACAAUAAUUCAGAUAUAUCAAGCUAACUCCCAACUCCUGAUAUUCGGGCGAGUGGUGGGGGGAUCCCCGACGACCAUCACCCAGUACCCGAUACUGGCCCAGCUACUCCUGGACUCAUGGGGAAGCCAGUAUUACGUGCAACACUGCGCUGGUGUGAUACUGACGACGCGGCAUGUGAUCUCCACCGCGCAUUGUUUUCAGUACAAUGAUAAUACUGGCUUGAACUACACUCAACCGAAGUACUGGAAGAUACGCGUGGGUUCUUCAUUCCGUUCCCGAGGCGGAGUGUUACACAGCGUGAAAACAAUAAUUUCUCAUCAGAAGUUUAAUAAAUAUUACUACACGAGGGAUAUUGCCGUUGUGGUGGUGACAAGACCUUUCGUCCUGGGUCAGAAUGUUAGACAGGGCACGAUAAUUAACCGCGGCACUGAAGUUAAGCCAAACUCGCUAUGUACGCUUGUAGGAUGGGGGUCUAAGGAGGUCGACGGCCCCCAGCCAGACCAAUUACAGCACGCCAUGAUGUACACCAUAGACCAAAAAGUCUGCGCUGCUAGAUACAAGACUAUUUCAGCUGUAAUAGACGACAAAAUGAUGUGCGCUGGACUGCUCAACGUUGGCGGGGUAGACGGGUGCUUCGGAGAUUCAGGGGGGCCACUCAUUUACAAGGGACUGGUGGUCGGUCUGGUCUCAUAUGGCUACUCUUGUGGCCACCGGUACUACCCCGGUGUGUAUACCAAGAUUUCUAGCUACACAGAUUGGAUCAUCAAAACUGUGGCGUUGAAUAAAUAAUAUUUUGUUA